AACUUAUUGGAUAAUAACAUCAUCGAGUCGCAGCCAACUAGACUCCGCUCUGACGUACAUGACAUGGUCUUUAAUAACUUAAAAAUGCUUUCUAGGUGAUAGUGAUCAACAAUCCGGUAGACGGACCGCUGUCUUGGUUUUAAAAGAAAACAGAUCUUUUAGAACAAAUUAAAUUCUGGAAGACAGCAUCAUGGAAAGUGAAGUUCCAGAAGAAGAAACUCCAAGAGCGACAAUUUCAAAGAAGAAAACAAAAAGACGAGGGCGGCGCCUUACUGGUUUAAGCAAACAGAGGAGAAUCGCCAAUACGCGCGAAAGAAACCGAGUCCAUGUCAUAAACGAAGGGAUAGAUCGCUUGCGAGAUCUCAUUCCUCUCUUUCCGAACGAAAAAAAGCCUUCAAAAACCGAUACUAUUCGUUUAGCAGCAUUGUACAUAUCGCAUUUGACAGAGCUUCUGGAAAUGGCGAAUACAGAACACGAAGAGAUGAUUGGUAGAGAGAGUUUGGACGAAGAUUUGUCAGUGACUUCACUUGAGUUUGACCCGUUCGGUGUAGAAUCUGAAGAAUUGACAGUUUUCUUUUGGAAAGAUGAUGAAUUAAGUGGCAGCGAUGGUGGCGGUCUCUCGUCCGUAUUUUAACAUCAAAAGUCCAAAAUCAGGCCAGAACAGCAACUGAAGAGCAAUAAAAUAUUUCUUGGGAGUAAAUGUACCUCAAGUGCAUGGAAUGCAACUUUCAUUUAUCCGUGAGAAGUAUUGUUGUUGUUGUCAUGAAAACCACGUCACACUGCAGCCUUUUUUUGUCACCAAGAUUGUUGACUUACUCUUCAGUGGGUGGCAUCAAGAAAUCUUUACCUCACGAGAAUAGCCACCGUUCAUCAUAGCCAUAAAAUUUUGGUUUUCCAAGUUAGCCUACAAUGCGAUUAACUUAUCGGAUCUGAGUAGUUUGAGCUUUUUUUAUAUCAAACUAUUGAGUGUUUUAAGACACGAUAACCAUCUUACUUAAACAAGAGGCGCCCUCUUGCGUCGGAAUAAGCAAGCUAAGUAAACAGUGUAAAGUAAACUCACCUUUCCUAAUUUAGCAAAUAUUACCUGUUUCACGAUAAACCCGAGUCAAAAACGCCGAACUGUGCUCGCCACUGAUCGGGCGCAUAGUGGAAAUAAAGCAGUCACGUGUUGUUUUAAGGUUUGCAUCACUUCCGUGCUGGUGAAGAAUGGACGGGUAUCGUGCGCGGAGCAAGUAAUAAAAUCAGACUUGUGCAGACUUGUAAGCGUCUCGGUUUUUCGGUCAAUUGCUGUAUUUGAGGUAAUUUCGGUAGGUAUGUUGUCCAGGCUUUAGUUUAUUUAAUAAAGUCGGAAUGCUUAGCGCAUACAAGACAGCUGUUGCUUGCAACAGUUGACUAUUACUUUAUAGAAGGUUAUAAGCCUAUUUCGUUCAGACUGUUUGUAAAGGUUUGAGUAAUAACUAACAAUUAUGCAUGAAAAUAGAUUACGAAGCUCUUAAUCUAAUUUUGAAACAUCACCUGACGUAGAAGCUUAGGGGAACCUUUCUCACUCUUUUUUUUUUUUUUACCAGCUGGGAUCAGCUUACAAACAAAUAAAUUCAGCAGAAUUUUAAGUCUGCCUGUCAAAUUGUACCUCUUAUAAUUGAUAUCAUCCUGCUCGAUAGGAUUUAAAGUCGUUGCUAAGAAAUGUCGUUCAAGGGGCUAAAAAAAUAUUAAGGUUAUUUUGCAUAAUCAACUUACUCUUGUUAUUGAUACGGGAUAAGAAAGCUCAAAGGCUUAAACUGACGCCUCAUGUCUCUAUAUUGGUUUUGUCUUACGCAAAACAAAAAGACACGCUUAUUUUCACAUUUUUCUCUUCCAUGAUAUCUUCACUAUUGCUUUUAAAUUAAAUCUCUGUAGUUAAGAUCUUGAUUCAUACAGGCUGGAUUUAGCAUCAUUGAGUGCUGUUCACUCGGAUAGUACGUGUGCUUGAAAUGCAAGCGUACUUCCGAAGAUACUUUACAAAGAUUAGGUAAAAAAAAAAAAGGAAUCAUUUGGUUAUCAAUAAAUAGUUCCUAAUCGAAA